AUGGGAUCAAACGCUUCAGUGUUACAAUGGCACUGUCGAAAUUGCACAUCCAUCAAUCCAACGGAGAGAGGAUCUUGUUUGGUUUGUGGUGAUCGACGCAGGUUAAAUAGUUCACCGAAGUUGUUAUCACAAAAUCCGCAUCAGAGCAACAAGAUAAACACUUCGUCGCGUUCGAAGAAGACGGGGCAAAAUUCGCGAUCGCAGAACAAGGAAGUGGAAGAAAUUGAAUUGUCACAUAUUGUUUGUGCCCCCACUCCUGACAGAGCGGUGAACUUGGCCACAGCUGAAAAUGAAACACGGUCUCCAAAACCUAAGCUAAGAGCAAAAAAGGAGAAAGCAUUGAAGAAAUCUGUGUCAACUAGCAAUGGUGAUGAUCCUGGUGCUCCGGUGAAAAAUCGAAGCGUUAGCUGGCAUGGAAUGCCAUUACUUGACAUAAAUCAGGCGUCUGGUCUAGCCCUUUCUCAGUUGUUUGUGAAUCUUUCGGAAUCCAUCACAGAGGAGCCUUCUGACACCAAUGUGAAACUUUCAUCUACCGAUGAGAGGAAAAGAGAAAAAAUUAAUUUUUUAGAAAAAACGUUCGUCAAAUGUAUUCGAAAGAAAACUCCCAAAUGGAAAUGCCCGCAGUGCUUUUUUCUAAAUCUUGAAACGUGUUCUGAAUGUGUUAUAUGUGCUUUUCACAAAGGAGAAGGGUCUGACUUGUGUAAUGCCAUAGAAUAUGAUCUACCUUCCACGCCUACCCCUGAUUCGGGGGUAGAUAUUCCAUCUAGUCAUAAUUCAUCUGCUCAAAACGAGGAAUAUAUUUUUCGCUGGUUCUGCCAUCACUGUCACAAUUACAACCCUUCGACAAUAGAAAAUUGCAUUCUUUGUAAUUCGAAGCGGAAGCAAAAUGGUAAAGCAAAAACUCGCGAUGCAUUUGAAGACCUGAGACAGCUAGGAGCUUAUGGAAAGUUGUCUCAAAAAGCCUUGCGUAAACUUAGUCAAUUGGAAGGCUCGUUAAUUGAAAAUGAAGAUUGUGAUCCAUUUGUAGCUUCUCAAUUCAUUUCUCCUCGCCAUUUUCCGAAACUCGACAGCAAAUGGACUUGUGAAAAUUGUCAAUUCCUCAACAUCCCUUCAACUAAUCAGUGUAUCAUUUGUGAAACAGCUAAGCAUAACAAUGUCAGUUACAUAAGUACCAGUGAACUUGCUGAAUUUGUUAAUUGUAAAUCUGUGCCUGCGAAAAGGACCGAUUUCUAUCACAACCGCUCUCCGAAGCGCCAAAGAUCUGCGCCGAAGAAAUCCAAAGCGAAGUUGAGUCGUCACAAUUCUGAGGGAUCUUCUUCAUCCAGGGAGCAAACAAAUAACCGUGAUCAGUCAGUAAAUGUAGCACAUUCGGCUGACGAUGUUAUGCUUGUUGAUCCUGAUGUGGAAAAUGAAGUGCCAUGGGCUUGCAAGCGGUGUACUUACGAAAACUCUCCUAGUCUAACAAGGUGUGAAAUUUGUGAAACGCCUAGAAAACCAAACAUUCCGACUACAUUACCAAGAAACGCUUUCAGUUUAGGUUACCUAUCCGAGUUGAAAAACUCUUUAAAUAAUUCUGCAGAUUCUCAAAGCAGGAGUCCUCCGUUAUCCAGACGAAGCAAAUCCUUCUCAGAAGUUCCAAACAGUGCUGCUUCUCAACCAGUGCCUAUCAAAAGAGUCUCCCAUGCGAACGGAUACAGUGCUGAUUUAUCUUCCCCUAAAACAGAUGUUCUUUGUGGUGAAGACCUAACCAGAAUGUCUGCCUCUGAAGAAACGUGGGUCUGUAAUAACUGUUCGUUUUCUUUUAAUCCUGUCUGGGCUACCAUUUGUCAAAGUUGUGAUAUGGCGGCACCUUCUGUCAGAAACUCGAACGAUACUUCGAAUCACAAUGGCUUCGAUGAGGAAAUACUGUCUCGAAGUAGUUCUGCCGCCUCAGAACAUCAUUUGAGUGAGUUACUCGGUGUACCAAUCUUAGACCAGUGGACCUGUGUAAAAUGUACUUUGAUCAAUUCAUCGAAUGAAAGGUUUUGCUGUGCGUGUGGUGGCUCUAAGUUGAACAGUACCAGCAACAAGCAGUACAGGACACUGAAACCCAACGAGAGUUGGGUUUGCUCCAACUGCACACUUCGCAAUCACCACUCACUGUCAGAAUGCAGAGUUUGCAGCACAUCUAGGUAUGUAGAUAAUUCAGCUCAUCGAACUCAAAUAGGGAGUAGGACGUUGAGGAAUCGUUCUAAAAACAACUGUGAUAAUUGGGAGUGUUCGUCGUGUACGUUUAGCAACGAGUCUUCUAAAGUUAUGUGUGAAAUGUGCCAGACUUCCAGGAGUAUAAUUUCACUGCGACCGGAUUCUUCUCGCCCGGAUACUGCAACUUGUCAAGGAGAGAGUGAGCUCACUGAAGAUCUGAGAAAUAUUGAAGAAAAUUUUGCACGGAUGCAGUGGCAUGAAAUAAUCACCUUUUGUAAGCAGAAUCAUGAAUUAUUUAUUGAUGAUUCUUUUCCACCUCUACCUAAGUCACUCUACUAUAACUCAGAAGAACCUCGGGAUGAAUCUGUGGAUCAGUGGUUAAGGCCCAGUGAAAUCUUGUGUGAUCCAUAUGAAGAGCAAAUUAAAUGGGCUGUGUUCAGAACUCCAAUGCCGUCUGAUAUUUCUCAAGGAAUUUUGGGCAAUUGUUGGCUAUUAAGUGCUUUAGCAGUACUGGCAGAGAAACCAGAAUUAGUUGAACAGGUGAUGGUUACAAGGACUAUAUGUCCUCAAGGAGCCUAUCAAGUACGUUUGUGUAAGGAUGGUUGCUGGACUACUGUUCUGGUUGAUGACCUCUUGCCUUGUAACACCCGUGGAAAACUGUUGUAUUCAAAGGCUAAAAGAAAACAGCUGUGGGUGCCUUUAAUUGAAAAAGCUGUGGCAAAACUUCAUGGCUGUUAUGAAGCACUUGUGUCUGGUCGAGCUAUUGAAGGACUGUCUACAUUAACAGGCGCUCCAUGCGAAAGUAUACCCUUGCAACCAUCAUCUAUUCCAAAUGAAGAAGGUAUUGACCACGACUUAAUAUGGGUGCAGUUGUUGAGCUGUCGGGAUGCUGGUUUUUUAAUGGGUGCUUCGUGUGGUGGUGGCAACAUGCAAGUUAAUGAUCAAGAUUACCAUGCUGUUGGUCUGAGGCCAAGACAUGCGUAUUCUGUGCUAGAUGUGCAAAGCAUUCAAGACUUAAGAUUGGUGCGAUUAAGGAAUCCUUGGGGCCACUACUCUUGGAGAGGUGACUGGUCUGAUAGUUCACCAUUAUGGACCCCUGCUUUACGUGAUCAGUUGAUCCCUCAUGGUGCUGAUGAAGGAGUAUUUUGGAUGUCCUUUCAAGACGUCUUAAAGUACUUUGAUUGCAUUGAUAUUUGUAAAGUGAAAUCUGAUUGGAAUGAAGUUCGUUUACAAGGUGUACUGCCUCCCCACACUGAUAAGGAAUGCUUAGCAGUAACUGCUCUGACUGUUUUAGAUGCAACUGAAGUAGAAUUUAGUCUGUUUCAAGAAGGUCAGAGGAAUGCUGAAAGGUCUCAGAGAUCUCAACUUGAUUUGUGUGUCGUAGUCUUCCGCACUUCAGAUCCAUCCCAAGGGCAAGUUGGUGCACUCAUCAAGCACAGCAAGAGACAAGUUAGAGGUUUCGUGGGUUGCCACGCGAUGUUGGAACCUGGAAUGUACAUAGUAGUUUGCCUGGCGUUCAAUCACUGGCAUACCAGUUUAAAUACUUAUGAACAAUUCCCAAGAUUUCUUCUUGCAAUCCAUAGUUCAAAACGUCUUCUAGUGGAAAAAAUUCUUCCCAUGCCUCAUAUUCUUGCUGACGCCAUUAUUCUACUAACUGUUGCCAAAGGACAGCGUCAUGAGGGUAGAGAGGGCAUGACUGCUUAUUACCUCACUAAGGGCUGGGCUGGCCUUGUUGUUGUUUUAGAAAAUAGACUUCCUGAUAGGUGCAUACAAGUCAUAUGUGAUUGCUCAGAAAGUAUGAACGUGGUUUCUACACGUGCAACACUUCGUACUGUCGACAGCAUCCCCCCUCUUCACAGGCAAGUCAUCAUCGUUCUCACCCAAUUAGAAGGCAGUGGAGGAUUUUCCAUAGCACACCGCCUCACUCAUCGUGUAUCUUACAGCGGAGGACUACAUGACUGGGGACCACCAGGGACGAAUCAUGUGCCUCCGAUAGAUCGUAAAGUCUUCGGCCUCCACGCACCAAGGCCACUGUGA